CCAAAAAAAAAACAAGGAAACUAAAUGCAGAAACAGAGGAAAAAAAAACAAAUGAAGCAAUUGGCUCCAAUCCUGGCCGUGAUAAACUUGCUUCUCCUGGUUCAUGGAGACGAUGGAUCAGCGGUUGGAGAUCCUGGGAUGAAGAGAGACGGUCUCAGAGUGGCGUUUGAAGCUUGGAACUUUUGCAAUGAGGUUGGCUUUGAAGCUCCUCACAUGGGUAGUCCUCGAGCCGCUGAUUGCUUCGAUGUUUCAUCUAAAUACAUUAAAGCAUACAGAAAAAGCCAGUCAAACAACACAAGAAGUAGUUCUUCCUUGGUGCACAAGGUAUCAGACUCGGACAACGAGCUAGGGAUAGGGAAGCCUAAACCAGGAAUCAUAUCAGAAUCAGCAUUGCAUAACCCUGACCUUUACGCGGUCGAGAAAGAACUCUAUCUAGGAUCUCUCUGUCAAGUCUCAGACAAAGCAAACCCGUGGAGUUUCUGGAUGGUAAUGCUCAAAAAUGGAAACUACGACACAAAAUCUGGUCUUUGCCCUAAAAACGGCAAAAAAAACCCACCUUUCAAUCAACCCGGAUUAUUCCCCUGUUUCGGCAGCGGUUGUAUGAACCAACCGUCGCUGAACCACGGAAAGACCGAGCUUCUGAGAGAUGGUCAGACCAUGAAGGGAUGGUUCAAUGGUACGUACGAUCUGGAUGCAGCAUUGGGAAAUGGGUUGGAUGGGAUAAGUUAUUACGAGGUUGUGUGGGAGAAGAGAGUUGGUGUUGGUGGUUGGGUAUUUAAACAUAAGCUUAAGACUUCAGCUAAGUACCCAUGGCUUAUGCUUUACCUCAGAGCUGAUGCCACUAAAGGAUUCUCUGGUGGAUACCAUUAUGACACUAGAGGAAUGCUCAAUACACUUCCGGAGUCACCAAACUUCAAAGUGAGACUGACACUAAACAUAAAACAAGGAGGAGGACCUAAGAGUCAAUUUUAUCUUCUCGACAUCGGAAGCUGCUGGAAGAACAACGGCGAGCCCUGCGACGGUGACGUAACCACCGACGUAACUCGUUACUCGGAGAUGAUCAUAAACCCUGAAACUGCACUUUGGUGCAACCCAAAGAGUCUCCACAACUGUCCACCGUACCACACGUUUCGAAACGGCACCAGAGUUCACCGUACGGACCACCGGAGCUUCCCUUACGAGGCUUACCACGUUUACUGUGCGCCGGGAAACGGCGAGCAUCUAGAGCUUCCGGUGGGGACUUGUGAUGCUUUUAGUAACCCACAAGCUCAGGAGAUUCUUCAGCUUUUGCCUCACCCAGUUUGGGGUGAAUAUGGGUAUCCGACCCGGUUGGGUGAUGGUUGGGUGGGUGACCCGAGAACUUGGGAGCUGGAUGUUGGUGGCUUGUCUAGUAGGCUUUACUUCUACCAGGAUCCCGGUACGAUUCCGGCGAGGAGGAUUUGGACAUCGGUUGAUGUUGGUACGGAGAUUUACAAAGAAGAUGACGCAAUUGCAGAAUGGGAUCUCUCUGAUUUCGAUGUUCUUAUUACUUAAAUCUCUCUGAUUUCGAUGUUCUUAUUACUUGAUUAUUUUAUCAAUUUUUCAACCAAAACUGAACCAAUCCAAAGUUUUUGUUUCAAAGUAAACCAAACAAAUUCCGAGAGGCUGUGUAGUACCGGUACUGGAAAGAGAAUUGUGUGUACUAAUAUAACCAUCAAGCAAAA